AUGGAUUCCAGUUCCAGGGCCGCCCUCUUCUGCUUCCUGGCCGUCGCCUCCUCCCUCCUGCACCCCGCCAGAUCUGACGGGGAGGACAACCAGCUCCUCAAGGGGAUCAACAGCUACAGAGCUUCACUCAAGGUCCCGGCGCUCACCGAGAACAGCAAUGCCGACUGCCUGGCCGAGCAGCUAGCGAAGAAGUUCAAGGGCCAGGAGUGCACCAACACCACCGGAGCCAACACCGUCCCCGGCACCGAGCCGCAGUUCCCCGACUACCCCCAGUUCCUCGACCGCUGCCACCUCAACGCGUCGGUGACCGAGGACGGGCAGGUGAUGCCGGCAUGCGUGCCCGGACUCGUGGCCGACGUUGUGCUGACCAACUACACCAAGUCACAGUACAACCGGUUCCUCAACGACACCAAGUACUCCGGCGUCGGGAUCGCCAACGAGGGGGACUGGGUGGUCGUCGUGCUCAGCACCAGCACCGACUCCGGCGACUACUCCCCUGCUCCCCCGGGCUCCAACUGGGCUCCUUCGGUCCAGCCAUUCAGCUGGAUGAUUGUUUCGCUGGUAGGGUUCGUAGUUUUGCUGAUUAAGUGA